AUGAAUGAACAUCUGCACAUUAGCAGUCAUGGACAGAUCCAGGUGCAGCAGUUGUUUGAGGACAACAGCAACAAAAGGACAGUACUGACAACACAACCAAAUGGACUCACUAAUGUUGGCAAGACUGGGCUUCCUGUUGUUUCAGAAAGACAGCUAGAAAGCACACACCGGAGACAAGGAAGUUCCAGCUCUUUGAAAUCUGCUGAUGGGACAACCAAAGUGAAGUCCUCUUCGUUAACCCCAGAACAAGCAAUGAAGCAAUACAUGCAAAAACUAACAGCCUUUGAGCACCAUGAAAUUUUUAACUAUUCAGAAAUAUACUUCUUGGGUCCAAAUGCAAAGAAACGUCAAGGUGUAAUUGGUGGCCCUAAUAACGGUGGUUAUGAUGAUGAUCAAGGCUCAUAUGUGCAAGUGCCACAUGAUCACGUUGCAUACCGGUAUGAAGUAUUGAAGGUUAUUGGGAAAGGAAGCUUUGGUCAAGUUGUGAAGGCAUAUGAUCACAAGCUCCAUCAGCAUGUGGCUUUAAAAAUGGUGAGGAAUGAGAAACGAUUUCAUCGUCAAGCGGCAGAAGAGAUCAGAAUCCUAGAACAUCUAAAAAAGCAGGAUAAAGAUAACAACAUGAAUGUCAUCCACAUGCUGGAGAAUUUCACAUUCCGCAAUCAUAUCUGCAUGACGUUUGAGUUGCUAAGCAUGAACCUUUAUGAGCUGAUAAAGAAAAAUAAGUUUCAAGGCUUCAGUCUGCCUUUAGUUCGCAAAUUUGCGCACUCAAUUUUACAGUGCUUGGAUGCUUUGCACAAAAAUAGAAUAAUCCACUGUGACCUUAAACCGGAAAAUAUUUUAUUGAAGCAACAGGGUAGAAGUGGUAUAAAAGUCAUAGACUUUGGAUCUAGCUGUUAUGAACAUCAGCGUGUUUACACAUAUAUCCAGUCUCGCUUUUAUCGAGCUCCAGAGGUCAUUCUUGGUGGUCGUUAUGGUAUGCCUAUCGACAUGUGGAGCUUGGGCUGCAUUCUAGCAGAACUGUUGACUGGCUAUCCACUCCUACCCGGAGAAGAUGAAGGUGAUCAGUUAGCAUGUAUGAUCGAAUUACUGGGAAUGCCACCCCAAAAACUACUUGAUUCUUCAAAACGCGGCAAAAAUUUUGUCAGCUCCAAAGGUUAUCCUCGAUAUUGCACUGUUACAAGAAAAUUACGAGGUCCUCCUGGGAGUAGGGACUGGGUAACUGCUUUAAAGGGCUGCGACGAUCCCUUGUUUCUUGAUUUUCUAUCGCAAUGUUUGGAGUGGGAUCCUGCUCUGCGCAUGACACCCAGCCAGGCUUUACGGCAUCACUGGCUACGUCGGCGCUUGCCGAAGCCCCCAACAGGGGAAAAGACAUCAUCCAAAAGAAUUACAGAAAGCUCGGGUGCUAUAACUUCAAUCUCUAAGUUACCUCCUGCAUCAGGCUCAGCUGCAAAACUAAGAAAUAAUAUGGCCCAAAUGACUGAUGCCAAUGGAAAUAUUCAACAAAGGACCGUUUUGCCAAAGUUGGUUAGCUGA